AUGGUGACUUCAAGUGGGUCUAUGGUACAACCCAUGCCACCUUUUGAUCCGGACAGCGAAAUUGGAACAAAUCUCGCUCCAAAAUGGAAGAUAUGGAUAGAAGAUUUUCAGAUGUAUGUAGUCGCAACGGGCAUAACUGACACGAAACGACAACGUGCAUUGCUUUUGUAUCAAGCUGGCGCACGGGUUCGUGAAAUAUUUCGCCAGCUCCCAGACACUGGGGAUGAUUUGGAAACAGCAGUGGCAAAGUUGAACGAAUACUUUGAACCCCAAAAGCAUCGCCUUUAUGAGGUAUACAAAUUUUGCCAAGCCGCUCAAGAGAACAAUGAAUCCAUUGAUCAAUACCACACUCGGUUGCGAAGCUUAGCAGAACGAUGCCAGUUUGAGAAUAUGGACUUUGACAUUAUGCUACAAAUUGUCCUAAAAGGAUCAUCAAGCCGACUUCGAAAGCAAGCGUUACGGGACCCUAAAAUGACGCUCAAAGAUUUACUGAUCGCCGGUAGGCAGAUAGAAAUGAGUAACUUUCAAGUGGCCGACAUUGAACAAAAACAAUUCGAACGGCAGGAACUACACGCUCUACGGAAAAACAUGUGUCAACAGCCUUCCAAAGGCACUUGUUGAAAUUGUGGCGGCGAAUGGCCACACAAGAAGGGCAAUUGUCCUGCUCGGGGCAAAGAAUGCAGAAAGUGUGGCAAGCUAAAUCACUUCGCCAGACAAUGUCGUUCGUUGAAACCCGACAACGAAGUACCGAAUCAUUAUCCAGAGAGUAAUCGCUGGGGUGACAAGAUCCGACCGGUUGUUGGCCCUCCGGAUAAUCAAAGUGAAUCCAGUUCAAGUGAUGAGUCCACCUAUUGUUAUGCGGUCAAGACAACAGCUAAAAAUAACCCCACUACUAAGGUCACAAUAAACAAACAUCAGGUGAAAUUCACCGUAGACACGGGCUCCACUAUUAAUGUCAUCGACCAGUCUACCUUCAAGCAACUGGGACCAAUCACACUUCGCAAGACCCGUAUCAAGGCCUAUCCCUUCAAUGGAACGGUUCCAGUCAAAAUGAAAGGCAAGUUUCAAACCACUGUCGAAUCGCGGAAGAAGAUCACUGUGGCAACCAUUUAUGUGACAGAAGCCGACAGGGGGUGUCUCCUUAGUGCAAAUACGGCCGAAGACUUGGGGCUUAUCACAUUACAUUUGAACCACAUCAAAACUACAAAACCCAACAGCCAAGCAGCCCAAAACGAAAGCCAAGCAGCCAAAACGAAAGCGCUGCUGCGAGAAGCAGUAUGGUUUCCCGGGAUGGACAAGGCAGUGAAAGAAACAGUAGACAGCUGUUUGGCAUGCCAGGCAAACUUACACAUUAACCCACCAGAACCCAUACAGUCACCACCCAUGCCCGAUCGUCCAUGGGAGAAAGUUAAAGUUGACUUUUAUGGGCCUCUCCCAUCAGGACACUACGUGCUGGUAGUAAUUGACUGUUAUUCACGAUUUCCUGAAGUGGAAACUCUGAAGUCCAUUUCAGCUAAGAAGGUUAUUCCUAAAUUGGAUUCUAUAUUUGCGAGGCACAGUAUCCCUGCUCAGCUCACGUCUGAUAAUGGACCGCCAUUCCAGGGGCAUGAAUUUAACCAAUACAUGACUGCCAUGGGUAUAAAACAUUGCACCUCCACACCGUUAUGGCCGCAAGGAAAUGCAGAGGCUGAAGCAUUCAUGAAGCCUCUUGGCAAAUGUAUCUGGUCUGCACACUUGCAAAAGCGACCAUGGCAGCAGGAACUCUCAAAGUUCUUACUUACAUAUAGGCAAACCCCACACUCUACAACCAAAGUACCCCCAGCACAACUUUUGUUCAAUCGCAAUAUUCAAGGGAAAUUGCCAACAAUUACACCAACCCUAAUAGUCAACAGACACAGCGAAGCACAGGCAAACCAAGGACAACAGAGAGAUAAGGCAAAGCAAUAUGCAGAUAAGAGACGCCAUGCUCGACCAAGCAACAUUAAAGUUGGUGACCAGGUCUUGGUGAAGCAGCAAAAGCGCAAUAAGUUAUCAACUAACUUUUCUCCCCAACCAUAUACGGUGACGGCCAUCAAGGGUUCCAAGGUGGUAGCAGAAAAUAAAGACCAUCGGAUCACCCGAAAUUCUUCAUUUUUUAGGAAACUUAAUAAGGAAAAGCAGAUGGCAGAAGAAGAAGAUGACGAAAUGCCGGUAGCUAGAACGAGAGCAGGUGAAGUAGAAAAUGCCGGGGAGAUACAGCAAGAGGAACAACAUGAUGGUUUGAGAAGAUCAACAAGAAACUGCAUGCCGGUUGAACAUUAUGGGUUACCUGUACAUUUGUCAAUAAUAACUUGA